AUGACAAAUGCAAUCGAUGAAAUUUGGAAAAGGUGUAGGUCACUAGAUGUUGUCGAAAAAAGAGCAUUAAAAAGCAGAGUGUGUGAGAUUACUUAUCCGACUACAACAAAGAUGUGUCCACCGCCUGAAAAAAUUAAAACCAAAGGAGGGGUUAAGAAGAAAGGGAAGAGACUUGUGGGAUAUGAUGUUUAUCGUGAUCCUUCAGGAUAUGAGUAUGUUGAUCAAGCACAUUCGGGUUCGCAAAAAUCUUCAAAGAGGUUAUGUUCACAACUAUCCCAAACCUCAAAAAAUAAAGAAUUUGAUAAAUACAUUGUACAAUUUCUAGAUUACAUCAGACCAUUUAUUGAUGACAUUGUUGAUGUAAGAGAUGAUGGAAAUUGUGGGUUUAGAGCCAUUGCAUCUUUGCAUGGUUAUGGCACAGAUGGAUGGUCAAUGGUUCGUCGGGAUUUGGAGAAAGAAAUUAUAGGUCCUAGAAGCAAGUUGUAUGAGGAUUUAUUUGGUAAACACCUUCCAACAGUGAGAUCAUCGUUGGUGAUAGAAACUUUAGGACAACAACCACCAAAUAAAUGGAUGACGUUACCUGAGUUGGGCUAUGUAAUAGCUAAUUGGUAUAACGUUGUUCUCGUCUCAUUAGGUAACCCUAGUUUGAGUUACUUUCCUAUGACGGGUGCACAUUCACCUAAUGCAUCCAUUUACUGCAUCAGAUUUGUCAAUGGAAAUCAUUGGGUUCAGGUAAACAUGAAUGAAGGAUUCCUGUUGCCACCCGUCACAACUGAUUGGAAGAAAUAUCGCACAAAAGAUGCAAAUUCUUGGAUGGUAGGAUUUGCCGGGCAGUUACAACAUUGGCAACGGCUUACGCCUAUACUGCCAAAAUAUGUCAGCUUAGUUUGA